ACGAUUAGUAGUCUCUUCUCUCCCUUCAUUUCAACGUACCAAAAAGAAAAAUGGCAUCCUCAACCAACAUCGCUAAUUUAGUUCUUUCAAAACCGUGGUCAUCAUCAUCAUCAAAAGCUUUGUAUUUUCCUCUUGGGGGAAGGGUUUCUUCUGCUUGUUCCUCUUGGCAAAUUAGCAAGCGAUCGAGUUUUAGAGGAAUAUCUCGUAACAAUAACAGUAAUAAUAGUAGUAAUACUAUUUGUAUGUGCAUGCCAUCACCAUCACAAACCACCUCUUCUUCGACGCUACCCAUGGCAGCUCCGUUGAUAAUAAGGGACAAUGAGUCUCUUUUAAAGUAUCUGCAUCAACCCCUGGUUUGUGUUUAUAAUCAUCUAUCUCGCUUUUUUCGUGUUUUGUUUCACCGUAACAAAAUUUAAAUGUUUUAUUUUUAAUGUGUUUAUAAGUUGGUCGAACUCUAUUUUGAAUAAAACACAUACCGACAUACGUACCAUGUGUGUGAAUCAGAGCAUUUUAACGGAGAAGUUGGCUCAAUUAGAAGUUAGAUAGUAUGUGAUUUAUGAAGUCAAAAAAAUUACAUAACUGGAAGGUUUUUUUCAAUAAGGUAUGAAAUAGUAAGUUACUAGUAAAUAUAUAUGACAUUGUCAAAGAGUAAGAAUGGUAGGUUAGUGAUUUUUCUUCUUUUUUUGGGUUCUCAUAACCAUUUCUGGUUUGUUAAUAUGGGGGAAAAAAAAAACAACCAUUUCAGGUGCUCCCACAUGAAGUUGACGAUGGAACAAUGAGGAAGGAAUUGCUGGAAAUUACAAGAAGGGAAUUGAUGAGGUCAAUUUCAAAACCUUUAGAGGCCUUACAAAUGAUGGAUACAAUUCAACGUCUGGGAUUGGCUUACCAUUUUGAAGAAGAAAUAAAUAUCAUAUUAUCCGAGGUUUCGUCAAAGGUGUACGAUGAUGAAGAUCUCAUGACGGCUGGGCUCAGGUUCCGAUUGCUUCGACACAAUGGACAUCAAAUAACUCCCGAUAUUUUCUGUAAAUUCUUGAAUGAAAAUGGAAAAUUCGAAGAUUCUCUUAAAGGAGACAUAAUGGGCUUGUUGAGCUUGUACGAGGCCUCAUACUUAGGUGCAAAUGGAGAAGACAUUUUAUUUGAAGCAAUGGAGUUUAGUGAGGCCCAAUUAAGAAGCUCACUGCCUAGCUUGGAAGCCCAACUUGCAACAAAGGUAUCUCAAGCCUUAGAGCUUCCAAGGCAUAGAAGGAUGGUGAGGCUGGAAGCCAGAAGGUUUAUUGAAGAAUAUAGCAAGGAAAAUGGUCAUAACCCUGAUCUCUUGGAAUUAGCCAAAUUGGACUAUAACAAAGUCCAAUCCCUGCACCAAAUGGAAUUAUCCGAGAUAACACGGUGGUGGAAAGAAUUGGGCCUUGUUGAGAAGCUUACAUUUGCUCGAGAUCGACCACUGGAAUGCUUCUUGUGGACCGUGGGCUUGCUACCAGAGCCCAAAUAUUCUGCCUGCAGAAUUGAAUUAGCUAAGACCAUAGCAAUUUUAUUGGUGAUUGAUGACAUUUUUGACACUCAUGAUGGCCCCAUGGAUGAGCUCGUUCUCUUCACCAAUGCAAUUAGAAAGUGGGAUCUUGAGGCAAUGGAAGAGCUUCCAGAGUACAUGAAAAUAUGUUACAUGGCAUUAUAUAACACUACUAAUGAAAUUUGCUACAAGAUCCUCAAGGAAAAUGGAUGGAGUGUCCUCCCUUACCUAAAGUCAACGUGGAUAGAUAUGAUUGAGGGAUUUAUGCUAGAAGCUAGGUGGUUCAACGAUGGAGAAACCCCCAAUUUGGAGGAAUAUGUAGAAAAUGGAGUUACAACAGCAGGAGCUUACAUGGCAUUGGUGCAUCUGUUCUUCCUCAUAGGUCAAGGUGUUACACAGGAAAGUGUGAAAUUAUUAAUGGAUCCAUAUCCAAAGCUCUUCUCUUGCUCGGGACGAAUUCUUCGACUUUGGGAUGAUUUGGGAACUGCUAAGGAGGAGCAAGAAAGGGGGGACCUAGCAUCGAGCAUACAUUUGUUCAUGAAGGAGAACAACAUAACAUGUGAAGAAGGAGGCCGAAAAGGCAUAAUGAAGCUUAUAAACAACUUAUGGAAAGACCUGAAUUCAGAGCUGGUUUCACGAAACGCAAUGCCUCUUGCCAUCAUCAAAGCUGCUUUCAACAUGGCCAGAGCUUCCCAAGUUGUGUACCAACACGAAGAAGACACCUACUUUUCUAGCGUAGAUAAUUAUGUGAAGGCCUUGUUUUUCACUCCUAUUAUUAAUUGACUGAUUAAAAUUGUUUAAACUGAUCAUGGAUAUAGCUAAACAAUACGUAUAACGCGCAACCAUUGUGCUUCAUGUAUACACUCUUUUUUUUGGGGGGAAUAAUUUCUUUAUGUAUACUAAUUAAUUAAUUUAGGUUGAAAUAUGUGCGUAGUUGUGUGUACUUCUGUCAUGCAUAAAAGAGAAAAAAGCAUAAAAGUUUUAGUAAAUUCUUCCUUGCACUUAAAAUUGUCGACCGCCUAUCCAGUCAAAAGAUUUUCAGACUUAGAAUAGGGAAAUUGUAUUGGAUUCAUGAUAAUGUUAUGUACAAUAUACAGAUUAUAUAUAGAC